UCCUCUCACCUCACCUCCCACUUUCUUUCAUUCGCACUCAACUUUGGCACUCACCAACACACAUUAACUCCAAAAUCUCAUUAAUUUCGCUCCCCUGCUCCCUCCCAUUUGUCCUCCUCCUCUCUCUUUCUCUCCCAUGUCCUCCUCCGCCGACCCCCCGGCGGCGACCGGAGUCGGCCUCGGGUACGGCAUCGCCAUCGCCGUGAGCCUCCUCGUCCUCAUCUCCACCAUCAUGCUCGCCUCCUACGCCUGCGUCCGCGUCAAGUCCCACAACCUCCGCGCCACCUCCGACGGCGGCGACCCCGACGCGGCGGACCCGACGCCGCGUGCUGCGGAGAUUAUGGUGGCGGUGGGGAUGGACGGGGCGGCGAUAGAGACGUACUACCCGAAGCUGGUGCUAGGGGAGAGCAAGAGGCUGCCGAAGCACAACGAGGGGGGGCAUUGCUCGAUAUGCUUGGCCGAGUACGAAGCCAAGGACGUCAUACGGUGCGUACCGGAGUGCAGCCACUGCUUCCACGCUGCCUGCGUCGACGCAUGGCUCAGGGUCAGCGCCACGUGCCCGCUGUGCCGGAGCUCGCCGGCUCCCACGCCGCUCGCCACGCCGCUCUCGGAGGUGGUCCCCCUCGCCAUCAACCCCAGGUGACAUUGGUCGGGCUGAGUUUUCUUUGUUUUGUCUAGGUUUUGGGUAUGUCCAUGUUGCGGUAUAUGUAGCGUAGUUGCUAGAAGAACCACAAGCAUGCAUGGUGCUUUUGCCUGUUCUUUUCCUUUUCCCCUUAGAUGGUGAAGAAUGUCCUGUAAUCUGUAUGUAUUACGCAGUGCAGCUCAAUUGAGAAUAUUCAAGAGCGGAUUUAUUCCUUUUGUUC